AUUUUCGGAGGCUAAACGGCUGGUCCGCCGUUUCUCUGCGCAAAAGCGAUCGUUUAUUGUGUCGCGAGAAAACUGUCGGUACAGGUUUACGUCAGUUUUCCUUCACUUUUUUCCUAACGUGAUUAACUAAGAAUAAUAUCGAUCGAACGAUAGUGAAGACAAGUGAAAUGUUUUAGUGGCAAAACUGAUUAACCGUACGGUUGGAUUUUGGAUAUCGUGCAAUGAAGUUUCGAGUGGACUACUUUCCAUUUACUAGAAUACAAUUAAUGUUGUAUUUUAAAUAAAUCUCAUUAAUGAGAUUCUCUGGUUUACUUUAGAAUCGAGUGUUUUCGAUAGAAAAUAUCGUUGUCGUACCGCUUUAGUGCCAUCGUCGGAAAAGUGCAUAAGCCAGAAGUAACAUUAUGCGAUCGAUAAUUCGCCGACGAUUUUGAAAUACGCUUCAAUGAUUCGAUCAGGUACUUGUGACUCUGUACAACGUUUCCUUAGUUGUCAGUGAGAUGUUUCAAAAGUGAUUUUUCAGUGUCUUCCAAGACUUAUGCACGACGAAAUAAUAGCAAGUACAAACUAUAUACUUGUUGGUAUGUGUACAAGCGAUGCUAGGAACAGUGUCGUCGUUUUGGACAAAUACAUUUUCGCGUCUUCCAUCCAUACACGGUUGCAACAACGUUGCCAGUAACAUUGCAUUUCGCAUAAAAAAAGAUUUGCAAGCAACAUAUACUUGAAAGAAAAAUGUGCAUUUUAAUAUCGUCAGCGGCCAUUUUGAAUUUAUGAGUACCUCGAACUACGACGAUUAUCAACCUCAUUUUGUAACUCCAAAAUUGGACUUUCUUUGACGCCUUUCGAGACAAUUGUAAAUGCACCAAGAACUGAUUUGGCAUGUCAUUGAAAAAUAAUUAUUAUUUUUUAUUCAGCGAGUGAAAUUCUAAUAAGUGCCACAGAAAGCAUUCCAUUCAUUUUAUUGUAUAUUUUACGUUCUAACGUAUAUACAUCUGCUGUUAUAAUUAUAGCAUGAAUUAAGUAAUUUAAAUAUACUUUCAAUUCUAACCGAAAGUUUAUUUGUUAUCAGAGAAAGGCGGUAAUAUCGCAAAUUUUAUAUUUUUUAUGUUUUAUUAUUUAUGGAAAGGAAACAAGUAAUUCCAAAUGAAUAUAUCAAUAUUAAAACAACGUGCAAGAAGAAUUUUUCAUUCUUUUGUAUUUCUUUCUUUGAUAAAUAUAUGAUUUAAACAUAAAAUAAAUAUUUAUCUAUCAGUUCGUACAGCAAACAUAGUACGUGUUUUGUUAGAACAUAUAUAACGUAUUCUACUAAGCGACAGCUGUAGUUGAAACUGAUAAGUAGAUUUGAAAUAACCUCAACGACGAUAAAACCGUUGAUAUUAAAAUACGAGAAGGAAGUUAUACUUUCAAUAUUUAACGUAAAUCCACAGAAAAUAUAUACGAGUUAAUUGAAAAUAUAUCAGAGCAAUAAAGGAAAAAUUGAAAGACAACAGUUCCCUAAUUGAUCGACGGUCACGACACUGGAUGGUGGACGGUGCCAUUUUUGUCAAUUUCCUAGCGCGCGUGGUACGCGCGUAAAGUCGAGCACAUUGGAAAAGUCAUCAAUUGAAUCUCACAAUCUGAACACAAAUAAUUAUUGUUGUUUAUGCGUGUAUUGUUUUUGAAUCCAAUUAAAAGUGUUGAAUUUGGAAUGGUUAAAUUAAUUAUUUAACCUAAUGUGACAUCGGCAUAGUGUAAAAUGCUUUCAUUCACAUGGACGUGAUAGUUUCAUAAACUAAAUACUGAAAUCAAGAAAAAAAUUUAACUAAUACGACAUGCGAGAAUCUCAAAUUGCCGUCUGUGAUCAAACGAAACGGGUCUUCAGACCUUAACAACACCAAAGAAAAAUGAUGAAACUAUGAGUGCAGUGGACACAACACUGUCAAUUUCGAUCAAAAUGGCCCCAGGGCCAGAACAUCGUCAAGAACCAGUAGCACCUGACAAAGCUGCUGAAAAUAAUAAUAGUGAGACCUCUAAUGAAAGAAAUAAUAUAGAGAAUUCAGUGGUAGGUGUUGAAACUGUUAGUAACCAGGGUACGAAUACAGAAUGUGUUUCGACGAACAUUGACACUAAUUCAGAUUCAACAACUCCAAGUGCACCGGCUUGUAUUACCUCUGACAGUAAACAGGAAGAACCAGCUACUUUGUCUGCAUUAAAUGAAGGUGAAUUACGUGCACUAUUGGAUGAAGCUAUAACUUAUAAAUGUCCCAAAGAUCGUGAAGGAAAAUCAAGCCUUUUUAAAGAACUACUUCAAGAAGCAGAAGCAGAUGAAACCGAAGAAGGUCGUAGGAUAAUAACCAAUUCACGUUGCUUACCUGGGACAAAUCGUAGGAGGCAUAAAAGAGACUCUGUAUCUGAAAGGUUGACACAUGGAGGGUCAUUGCAAAAUUUAGCACAACCUAUUGCUUCAGAGUUUGAUAGUAGUUUUGCUUACUUGUCAUCUGGAUCUAGCCAUACCUACGGAGGAAAUAGAAGAAAGAAUAAAAAAUAUACAGGAUCUAGUGUAUCUGCAAGACAAAGAGAAGGUGGUUCGUUACCUUCGAAUGUUAAUGCAUCACACAGUCUUGCUUCAUUGGCUAAUUUAGACUUAUUAUUUGACAAAAAGAAGGGUUUCUGUGAAGAAAGAGGAGCAUACGAUUGGACUAACAAAGAAAAAUCCAGAUCUUUAGAUAAACCAUCAUAUAGUAGUACAAAAAAGGAAGAAAAGGAAAAAGAUAAAAAGGAUACCAAAAGGGAUUUGUGCGAAAGUGAAGUUGAAGUGCGUGAGAAAAGAGGUAACAAAGGAAAAUACGGGACAAAUGAAAUGCUUGAAUCAGAUAAUCCACCACCAGAGUAUAAAUCAGAUUACAUGGUCAUUGAUUUAGGUGAUGCUGAGGUGGGUACUAUUAGUGAAAGGAAUGUGGGAUCUACUAUAAGUGGGGUUCAGAGACCUCACUCCUUAGAUACGGAAGAUGAUGAAGGAAUUGAAAUGAAAAUUAUUGAACCACGUAGACCUCAAUAUAUAUCGCGCACUCCUUUCGAUAUAGCUCAAACUCCUGUGGAUACUACAAUAGAUUUCUCUCUCCGUGAACAUAGUGGGAAACAAGAUAAAUCAAAAAUAUCUGUUAAUGGUACAGAAGUAACUGGAGCCCUUUCCUUUCAAACUUUCAAUAGUGUGAAAUGUGGUAUUGGUGGAACUGCAAAUAGUUCUAGUGCUAGUCAGGGUAAAGUAAUUCCAAGUUUGUGCUCCAUGAUGUCUGCAUCCUUACAAACACAAAAUAUUACAAUGGAAGGCUCGAGGUAUACAGCGCAUACUACCGGAUCUGGAGAAAAGAAGUCCUUGGAUGAAAAUGGGAAUCCAGUACAAAACUAUAAUGGGGAACGGAAAAAGCCUAGAAGAAAGCACACUCAAGAACCUAAUGUUAUUGUAUACAGUGCUGAAAAUGUUGAAGGACAUCGCAAUGAAGAUAUCGACAGUUUAAUUAAUUUUAUUGAAAAUAAAGAAUCUAAAAGUAAAAAAGGAAAACCAAGUAAUCCGGUAAGAGUAAAAACUAGUUCAGGUGCAAAGCCAAGAAGUAGAGAGAAAGACACUAAAAGGGAACAGUUACCUGCCAAAUUACAGAAGUCUAAUUCCCUCGAAGAAAUAUCUAAGACUAAACUCGAAGACCUCACAACGGAGAAAAGCGUCAGUUCUAGUGGUGCCAGUAGUAUAUCAAGUCAACAUGGCACGAUCAAUGUUGCAUUACGCCGUGCGAAACAAAGAAGCACAGGGGACGCAGCUAUCGAUAGUCGUGGCGAUAGACGAUCUUGGGGAACGGAAGAAGGUCAGUCUAUAUAUUGCAAUGAUACCGGAGAUGAUUAUGCUAGUCGUCGAAACUCCAAUAAAAAAAUCAAUCCAGAGCCUGAACAUGAAACAGAAUUCCUGGUAGUUACGAAAAAGAAGAAAAGUAAAAAACAGAGAAGAAGUUCCAGUGGCAGUAGAGCACAGAAUUUAACAACGUCAGGAUCUUAUCUCCAAAAUUCCAGAGGAUUUUCUAAUGAAUAUAGAACACCACUUUCUCCUGAACUUCGAAGAAAAUCAGCAAGCAGUAUGCCACCAAGUGAUAAAUCAGACAGUAGCGAUUCUGAUUCUGUCCAUUCAUUACCAGUUACAUCAAAUACGUCCAAACAUAAUUUAUCAAAAAUAGCUACCUCAUCGGGCGGAACGCCGCAAGCAAGUUACGCGGACAUAGCUCGUAUGGCAACUAUUAAUAUGACUCACAAUUCAGUGUUAAAUAUGUCUGCAAUAGUUCCAAACAUGUUAAGUACGUCUUCGUGGCCUAGUGUGCCACCCAAAACACCUUCAGAACCAGACAAGAUUCCUCAAGAUUAUUAUCCUAGUUUAGAUGAAUUACAACACUCGGAUAGGAAAACAAGGCAACAUAGCUUCACCCAUUCGAAUCAUCUUUUGAAUCUAAGUUUCGAAAAACCACCAUCACCGACUUUGACGAAAAUGAAAAAUUCAACGGAGAGAAACAAGGCAGAGGCUCAAGAAGAAGCUAUUAAUAAAAAUAUCCAGGUUAUUAAAUAUGUACAAGAUAUUGAAAAAAUGCGUCAAAAUUUAACACAACAAGAACCAAAAGCCGUGAACUGUAAUAAUCAUAUCACAACAUCAAACGAGACUUCAGUAACGAAUGCAGUGCCAUCAAAACUUAAUAAUACUGUAACCAAUUGUAAUCCCGAUUCUGAUAACAACAAUCCUAACUGCAACAGUGUCAAUAAUAAAGACACUGUUAUAAAUGCGAGGUGUAAUAAUCCACGAACACGCAGAGGAGGAGGAAGUUACGUUCAAAAUAAUCAAAAUAUACAAAAUCAAGUAUCACAUGAAGAUCAACAUUUCAAGAAAGUUGGAUAUACUUUUCAUGAUGAAAAUGCAAAAAAAUCACAAAAUACUGAAAAUUCUAAUACGCACUGUGAAAAUAAAAAUAAUCCAGCGAUUGUUUCAAAUGAUGAAGUUGAAUCGCAAAAAGCUAAUACUACAAAUAAUCCGAAAGGAAUGCAAGAACUGCAAAAUAUUGAAUCAGAAGCAAUCAAGUUGACAAAAACCGAAAAAUCAACAAAGAUCUUAAAAGAACAGAAGCAUGAAACGAUUAAAUCGGGAAAUGUAUACUCUGUAAGUUCGAAACAAGAACAACAAGAAGAUUCCGAAUGUAAGAAAACGAAACAACAAAGUUCCACUUCGGAUAAAGAUCAAACACAGAAAGCAGAAUUACAAACAUCCAAUAAACAAAAAACUUCAAGACCUGCAGUUAUAUUACUAGAUGAAACUGCAGCAGAUAUUACCAAGAACAGUGAGUUACCUACGGAACUUAGGUUUGGAUUUGAAAUUAACGAACAACUUUUAUUGUCGGAAGAUUCGACAACCGAAGAGACUUCAAGCGUUAGUUCUGUAUUUCCUUCUGCUCCACCACUCAUAAACAAACCACCUUCUAAUUUCGAUAGAUAUCCUCCAAUAUUUGACAAACACAUGAGAUGUGAUAAAUUUACGCCUAAUUUCAUGCAACCUCCAAAUACGCAUGUAACUCAACAACCUCUGCAUCCAGUGAUGGUACAGCGAUUACCGUGCAUGGGUUAUCCUCCAAGAUUCCCUCCUCCUACGUGUUUGCCACCACCACCCACACCUCCACCAGGAAUAAUGGAAAAGUAUCACCAUCAACCAAAAGAAGAUUUUUCUAUGCUCUAUGUAGCUCCUGAAGAAGAUGUUAAUAUACAAACGUACAAUCAUGAUAAAAUCGUCUCGUUCGUUGGCUUAGCAUGGGACGCUGUUAUGAGGGAAAUGCCAGUAACUGCAAGCGGUCGUAUACAGUUCUACAGUGGUCAGUGAAAUGGGCACUAAGAAAUAUGGGGUAAAUAACAACAAUAAUGUUUUUGUACUGCAAAAUUACCUCUAUUGCAAGUUAUCCGUUAUAAAACUGUAAACAGCCAGAGGAGUCUGCUAACUAUGCAAGACCAAAUAUAUAUCUAAAUACAAGCAAAUUGAUCGAACCUGUAUCAAACAAGUCGCAGAAACUAUCAGUUUCGAUCGCCAAUAAACGUUAUACUAAUUUUUGAGUCAAAUCAUCAGUGAUAAUUCUGUAAAGCCAACUGGCGCAAGGUGUGCCUCUAAAACUAAUGUACAUAAUAAUCAAUCACUGGAAAAAAACAAGACUUAUAAAUUGUGUAUGUUCUGAUUGUACAUACAUUAAUGAGUUGCAAAAUACCUUUGAAAAGGUUAUAACACAAUAUUUAAGUUUCAGUAUUGACAUCUGAUACAAUAUUUGACUGAAAAUUAUAAGUUCGUGAUGCAUAAAACAUAUUUCGCUCUUUCGAAACAUAAACAAUUUUCUUGUAAAAUGUGAAAAUUCAUGUAGUCUUAAAAUGCCUCAUAAUUUUUGAGGGGAAAAAACGACACAAAGUAAAAUGCCUUUCGGAUCAGCUACGAAAGUGUUACAACUUUGAAACAAAAAUAUAAAAACUAUUUAAGGAGUUUAAAAAUUAACUGAAACAAGAUUAUGAUGAAGCAAGUUUAUUCAAAAACUGUAUGUGCUGUGACAUGGUGGUUUAUGCUGAUGCCUUUAAGAAAUAAAAAAUACAUCGUAGACCAUUGUAAUAAAGUUUAAAAAUAGUUGAAAGCAGCCUGUUAUGUUAAUUAUACCAAAUUGAGAUCAUCCGUCGGAAAUAUUGCUAAACUACUAAUAAUUAUUUGAUGUAAUUACGAGCAGAGAUGAUCUUGAAACAACACCUUGAAAACAAGAAUUACUGCAACCAUCAGUGAGUCUUCAAGGAAAACGUUUUCAAGGAAGGUUAAACGUAAAAAUAAUGGUUGCUAGAUUACAUGUACUUUAUUUAAGACGAACCUUUAAAGAAAAGUAAAGAAAGCUAUAAAGAUGUGUGAAGUGUAAUGAAAAAUGGUGAAUGUGUGUUUUUGAACACGUGUAAAAUAUUUAAAAAAAAGUAGUGUGAUUGACUUACAAGUUUAUGGAGUGGUUACUUUUACAGCCGCAAUAGAUAAUAGUUUAAGAAAUUUGAAAGAAGGAAAAGAGAGAGAGAGAACAAUGAAAACUGAUUUUUUUUGCAAUGCUGUGCUCAAGGUCCUGAAUUGGAUAGAGACAGUGAGAAGAGUGCGAAUGUGUCGAAAUGAAAAAAAAACAAAACAAAAAACGCUAAAUUUUUACACAAACUUGCUUAUUUAAUGAAUAAUUAACUAUUAAUUAUUGGUAAUAAUAAUUAUAAUAAACUACUUGCUUGUGAUCAUAAAGUAUGACGGUGUGAAUGCGUAUAGUGCAUGUAAAUAUUCUACUAGCUAAUGUCCAAUUUAGUUUUGAAUACUUGUAUUUUGAAUUCUUUUAAAAUUUUUCAUCGUAUUAUGUUAUCCUCUGAAUAUGAUAAAAAAGAAAGUAAUUAAUACACUUUGUGGUUGUUAUCGAUCUACAGUAAGAAAAAAAAGCUUAUAUGAGUAGUUAAUCAAAAAAAAAAAAAAAAAAGAGAUAAACGGGAAAAAUGGACUUAAUACGAUUCCUUUCACAACGAUUCUAUUCGUUAUGUAGGAAGCCUACCUCCAACAUAUUUUACUUUUUGAUAGAUAAUCAAUAUAACGAAACAUAAUUUUCAAUUCGAAUGCAAGUGUCGCGUAUUUAGAGCCAAAAAUAUAACCAAUUAUUAAAUUGUGUGGAAACUUAUCAUUUUCGAAGAUAAAGAUAAAGCUAAUCAAUUAUUGCAGAUAAGUUUCAUAUAAAAGAAUGGAAGCGUGUUUGUCUGUAUAGAUUAUUAUUAUUAUUAUUAAUUAUUAUUAUUAUUAACAUUAUCAUUAAUCAGAAAUUAAUCGUAAUUAACAAAUUAAAAUUGGCGAUUUUUGUUGUUGUCUUUUUUUUUACCCUCAAAAUUACGCAUGGAAACAGAAAAUAUAAGCUCUGUUAAAAUUUUUCAUUUUGUUCCGCAAUAUAACAGUACAGUACAGCUGGAGGUACAGUUUUCAAGAAUGAGUAAUAAGUUAAAAGUAUUUAACAUAUAUAAAAACCACUAAUGCAUGUUGGAAUAUACUUCAAAGAAAACAUCAUUCAAUGGGUGUUAUCAUUGAUAUGCUUGAUAUACUUUCUUUUUUGAUAGUAUAAUAUACCAAUACUAAAGCAUACGAUAAAGCAUUAUGAUUUAGUUUCACAAUGAAUUUUAGUCGAAUCAUUUUAUCGUCAUCAUCAAUCAUUUUACAGUAUAAAAAUCGAUAUAUCUCAUUUUUUUCUCUCUCAUAAAUGCAGAAAAAUUUCUAGUGCAACGGAUCAGUCACUCCUGAAUGCCUAGAUAAAUCAUUAUAUUCAACUGUACUAUGACCAAUUCAUUUUUAAUCGAAAGACCUAUUACAUUACAUCACAUUAUGAUUAGGUGGUAAUAGUUUUAUCCUUACUUUAAGUGGAUGAUGUUUCUUCGGGGUAUUUCUAUCCGGCGUGCAAGAAACUACUCAAAAGUCAGGUGCUUCAUCGCCUUAAAGUUAGUAGAGUGCAGUAUCAGCCUGUGCCAUUGACCGGUUCAAAUGGCCAAGACUGUUAAGCUUCACAGAGAUUAGCACAGAAGUACUUGAAGAGAAAUAGGACCAUAAAUUGUGUAUGCGUUGCAGAAUGGCAGCUAUGCCGCGAAACGAUAUUAUGUACCGAAUACACGGUUUAACUAAUUGUGUUAUAACGAAUGACAAAAAAGAAAAAGAUAGACGAAGAUGUAUAAAUAUCAACGUGCAAGGUGAUAAUGUAUCAUAUUAUAUUCUUUGUUGAAUUUAUAAGUACCAAAUUAAUAGUGAUCGACGAAACAGGUAAAGUGUAUGAUUCUUCUGUUUUCACUUAUUUAAGCGUUUUAAACAUUAAUGAAAAGGAAAAAAAGCUUGCUUAUUUCGUUCAAUAACAGGCUAAUUGCAUUUAUCCAUGAACUAAUAGCCUGUGCUGUAACGCAAAUAUGUACGUGUUUCGUCUGCGAAAAGGGCACAAAAUCCUAAUUGGACGUAAUGAAGUUCCAAAAUCAAGCGCAUUACUCUUGCACAUCUCGUUCUCAGCCUAUAUUAUAUCAGUGAUAUAGAUUCGGUUGAAACUGUUGAAACGUCGCUAAGAUGUAAAAUUAAUUUAACGAAUGGAAAAAAAGAAAAAAAAAUAACAAAAAAAACACAGAAAUAGUUGAUGUUAUUUCCCGUCUUGAAUUGUUAUGUUCGUAUAAACGCAUGUGUACCAAUUUAUUCUUGUGAAACUGUGCAUGUGAAAAGGAUUUUCCAAUGAUUUUAUUUGUAAGUUUGGUUGCUUCGCCAAGUUUCGACAGUACCGUCUAUGUAAUUCUGCUAGAGCUGUUCUCAUAGGCCGAAACAAUUGUGUGUAUCCAGAAGUAACGUGAUUACAUUACGAUCACGACGAAUAAUCGAAACAUUUUUGGAGAUAUUAUAAUUUCAAGGUAAUCGAUUUCCUUCGACACGAAUGUUGAACUUUCAAAUGCGCUUCCGGUUACAGAAAGUUUCCAGAAAUGUUUAUGUAUUCGUGGGUUACAUCUGCUCGAGAUGAAACUUCAUUAUCAGCGCGGGCAUGUUGAUAGUGUUCAAACAAAUAAAAAGAAGAAGCAGAUAAAGGUUAAUAAUUGAUCGAGAGUAAGAGAGAGAGAGAGAGAGAGAAAGAGACAGCGUGAAAGAGAAAAGAAAAGAAGAGAUCUCAAUGUUAGCCUUGUAUCACUGUACAAUUUGUUAUUCAGUGUAAAGCAGUUUUUCUGUACUGUAUAUACGUAUAUUAAUAACUAUUAUUAAUUACUGCUAAUGAUUACGAUGAAGCUAUUCGAUUAACUAUUAAUUGUACUUGCUGAUUAUCGAUAACGAUUAUACGGAGAAUCACAGAAGCUAUUUGCGAGUGCUUAUGCGUGUAUAAAAGGAAUAAACAGAGAAUAUUUUGCGUGUAUGGUAAAGGCUGUGCUGUCCAGCUGAAACGAAACAAAAGGAAAAAAAAGAACAGCACUGGAGAGAGGAUGUUGUUGCCAACGUUUAAGUAUGUUGCCAAAGGAUUUCCCUUUUGUGGGUAUAAAAACACAGUAUAAAGUAAUAUUCGAGUUCCUUUAUUUUUUUAUGUCUUUCUUUUUCGCGUCGUGGAAUUGGCAAGAUGUCAAUUAAGAAGUACUCAGUGAGAAAAUUAAAAAUUGAUAUUUGAAUACAACACACGUUCUAUAACAGAACAUGUUCUAUAGUGAUGUUUAUAUAUGUAUAUAUAUAAAAUGACAUAUAUAUAUAUCUACAUAUAUAAUUAUAUAUAUUCAAUAUAAUUAUAUAUAUAUAAUUUUCCUUUUUUACAUUAACGCCGUAUUGUAUUAUCUGCCGUUUGCUUAGCGAUUAAUCUAUUUAGAGCAUAGAUAAGCAUUGUGAUAUACGCAUAAAUAAUCAGGUAACUGUUGUUUUCUUUUCUCUUGUCAGCUGAAAAGCCAAAAUACAAAAAAAAACGAUAAAAAAAUCAGUGAAAUAUUUUCGAAUAUUACUUGCAUACUGUAUUUCGCCGAUGAUACGUAUUCAGAUGAUAAAUCGUUUAAAUCUGGCACGAUGAAAGUAAAACGGACUGAGAACGAAGAGAGUAACGAAAGAAACGGAAAUGGAAUUCAUUUUGCGAAUGUAACAGAGAAAAAUUGUCAAAGACGCGUGUCUUGUGUCAUGUUAAGAGAAAGAAUCAGUCGAAAAAGUGGAAUUGAAAAGAGAAAAAGAAAACCCCGAUUUAUUCUCAGGAUGCGUAAAUACAGCGGUCGUUGCUUACUAUUUUGUUAUUAACGAUACUGAGAACUUCAAAUUCAUGCAAAGCUAUCAUGGACCAUGGAUGUAAAGAGUCAUUUGCCAUGGAGUGUAAACGAAGAAAAUAUGCAGUAGAAGUGAGAGCGAGCGCGAGAAAGAGAGUGAUAAAAAGGGAGAAUGCAAAAGAGAAAAAGUGCAGAUGUGCGAGGGAAAGAGAAAAUGAGAAAUAGUGUGUAUUUCAAUAUGCUUCUACACAUGAGAGCGAAAAAAGAAAUAAUGUCCUCCCAAAUAAUUAUUCACACCGAGAGAAAAAAAAAAGAUAACGAGAAAAACGCGUAUAGUGUCGCCAUUUGGCCUUUAUGCUGUUCUAUCUGCGAUUUCAUACAAGCUUUGCGUACGAUACUGUGAUAUAUCUCUAUUUCUUCGUUUUUUUCUUCUUUCUUUUCCUUUUUCUUUUUUUUAUUUUGUUUUCUUCUUCCUUAGUUGCGUGCGUGUAGAUUCACACAGAAAGAGAGAAAUACACAUACAAAUCGUAGAAUUUGAACGUGGAAAUUUCUAUGAGAUAUCCUUCGAUAUACAUAUAUAUAUAUAUAAAUAGAUAUAUGUUGUAUGAAAAAGAAGCGAUCAUGCGAAAUGUGAGAAACAACCAACCACCGUCUCCUGCGUUUAAUUUGUAAACGAUUAAAGCGCUAGUAACGCGGUAUAUUUCAUUCAUAACCGUGAAAGUCUAAAUAUAUCAAAUAAAAAAACGCAAAAAAGAUAAGAAAAUAAUAAAAAAACAUACAUGUAGAUUUCAACAAGUGCAUCGAGAAUACACGAGAGAAAUAUACGUUUCGAUUUAACGAAAAUCAUGGGAUAAGAAAACAACGAGAGUUUUGAGCGUGACUACAUAUUUCUUGCAUGUUGUCUACUUUUUCAUUGAUUCUGUUACGCUUUCUCGUUAUGCUUUCGCGAUGACUCCUCUCAUUUCUCGCACAGCUUUCUAUCUUUCUUUUUUACUUCUUAUACGAUUGUUAUGUAAACUUGCGCUUUUUCCUUGCUUACUUACGAGGAACGCGUAUUCUGUGGUUGUCAGAGGAGGAUCAGAAGUGAAAAUAAGUCCAUAUAUGAUGGAAGAUUGCUGAAUGCAGCAUUGUUAGAGGCAUACGAAUGCACAUACGCGAGUAUAUUUGGAAAAGAAUAACGUUAAAAUAUUAAGCAAGUAUUUUUAAGUAUCGAGGGUUUAAAAAUUAUUUAACUUUAUUUUUCUUCGAACAUCUCGAUGUGUGCAUUACUGACGAUCCUACCUGUAUCACGUCAUUGCGUCACUUUUAUAUAUGUUUGACUAGAGAAUUUCAGAAAUCGACGUUUUUCUCGUCUGGCUCCUAUGAUUAGUUACUUAAUAAAAAUAACAGAAAAAAAAGAAGUGUAAAAAGAAAGGGGAAGGAAGGAGAAGCAAAGCAAUCUCAGAAAUAUUCAACAUUCCUUGGUAUCGUUUUCAGGAGGAAGACUCUUUAACGCCUCCGUUUGAUUUAUAAAAUAUUGAUUUACAAAAAAAAAAAAAAGAAAAGAAAAGAAAAAAUGAAUUUAUUUUCAAGGUUUUUCUCUUGCAAAAGUAAUAAGGAAUUACAAAGAGGAUACUUUAUUUACUAGCCAUUUAUAUCGUAUUCUGCCAGUUUUUAUUUAUUUUGCUAUAUUUGCUUUAUUUUAUUUUAUUCUUUUCUGCUUUAGUUCCCCAAUUUUGAUCGAUCGAAUUUUUCAAUUCGUUUUCGUUUUCAACAGUAUAUAUAUAUAUAUAUUUCUUUUCUUUUUUUCUCUUUUUCACGAUGUCACGCGAUCAAACGUGCACUAUUUAUCUCGAUCUCACCUGAAAUACCGUGCGCUUUUCAAAUUCACUGUGUUACAUGUAGUUUCGUUAUUAUUAUUAUUAUUAUUAUUAUUAUUAUAUUAUAUUAUAUUAUAUUAUUAUUUUCGUUUGUCGAAUGUAAUAAAACUACUUGCGUUUUUACAUUGGUUGCACCCAACAUGCACUGAAUGCAACUUCUUCGGUUCGACGACCUGUCUAAAUACUGUUAUCUUGUUGUAUAUUAUAUUUAAAAGAAAAAAACAAAGAGGAGAGAAAGAAAAUAACGUUCGGAAAUUUGUAUUUAUUGCACUGUGUACGACCAAUGAGUACGAAUUUUCUCUGCCUCCGUUUAAAGAAGGAUUUUCAGCUGUUCUGCGUAAAGGUUCACUGGUAAAUUUUGUUGAUCGUCAUUAAAAUGUUAUAUAUAAAUAUAUAUAUAUGUACAUAUACAUACAAGAAUCUGCAUAUAUACACACACACACACACAACCACACAUAUAUAUAUACAUACAUACAUACGAGUAUUAGCGUGUAGAAGAACGUUUCUAUCAUUUGUACGACAAACGAUUAUUAUCAUUGUCAUUAUUAUUAUUAUUACUAUUAUUAUUAUUAUUAUUAUUAUUACUACUACUACGAAAAAUAAUCUGAUAAUAGUUGAUUUUUUCAAGUUCUCGCGCGCAUUUCAUCGAAAUUCCAAAAUAACACUCGGAUAUUAUUUUACCGGGAGACAAGGAAAAAUCAGAAGAUCCGCGGAUCGUCUGGAAACAGAACUAUUUUUCUAGUUACUACACACGUAGAAAUACUGAUCUUACGAAUUAAGCAUUAUUUAUUUUGUAAAACGAAAUAGCGUAGACGGAAGCACAGUGUUUCCUAACGAAAUUAUAUAUCGAUUACGUCUGUCGAGCAAUGUCAACGUUACUUCUUUGUUUUCUUUCUUUUUGCUAAAAUAGCGACAAUAAAGGAUAUCGUUAGAGAAAAGAAAGCAAAUUCCGACGAACGAACAUAUAGCAGGGGUAAAAGAAGAAAGGAGGAAGGAAGAGAAGAAGAAGAAGAAGAAAGAGCACAAUCGCGAAAUCGAUUCUUUUCAAUGUUGAUUGAUAAUAAAUGUAAAAUAAAAGCGUGCUGCGAAACUUGAAGGAAGACAAAAAACAAGUGAGACCGCUUGUAAAGUUUUUAGAUAAACAAGAAUUUUUCCCUUUUCUUUCUUUUGUAGAAAAAUAUGUUCUCGUAGGGAUUCAGUAUUGGAAAAA